CAACAACACAACGACAACCACGGUAAUCAAAAUGGUCUCUAUGGCGGACAGUGCAGGCAGAAGCUGUUAGCCAGAUAUUCCUUUUCGCAAUGACUGACAGAAGUAAAGGAUCAGCAAGAGUGAAAGAUCGAGAAGCAAAGAGGGUUAUUGAUGUUGAAACAAGGAAGAAGAGACAAAAAAGACAGUUGGAUUCAUUAGAAAAAGACAAUUUUCAUGAUGAUCCGCAUGCUCAUUUAAAUAAUGCCCUUUUUGCAAAAGCUAAAAUUCCUGCGUUUGAAGACAGUAUGGAAGUUAAGAAGAAAAAAAAGACAAGAGUAGGGGAUAUAUUCAAACAGAAAGCAAAAAGAUCAUUUGCCGCUCUUUUGGAAGAAGCACAACAAGAGCGCGAGGACGGAGUUGCAGAUUACUUCAGUGCUGUUGUUUCUCCUUCACAAUUCCCAGAACGACAUUUCUGUGCAGUUUGUGGACAUUUUUCAAGUUACACAUGUGUGACAUGUGGUACAAGAUACUGCUCAGUCAAAUGCCUGAAAACCCACCAAGACACCAGGUGUCUCAAGUGGAUCGCAUGACCUGGAAGCCCCUUGAUCCUCCAGCAUUUUUAUCAUGUGAUGAAUACGCCACUCGAGACGCUUUAUCUGAACAUGACUUCUGUAAAAUUCUUACCGGGAUUAUUUUGUAGAAAAAAGCAGAUAAUGUCAAGAUUACCGUCUGGUAUUACUUGUGAUCCAGCCGUACGUAAGAAAUUCGCUCAAGAAAUUUAAAUUCGCUCAAGAAAAGAAUUUUUAAACACUGAGCUGCUGCUUUUUUAAAAAGUUCAAGCUUCCUUAUGUAUGGUGUCCGUGCACCAUCAUUUGUUUACCAUAUAGAUAUGUGGGAAAAUAUUAAGGGGUCCUCCUUGGAUUUUGGAUAAGUUGUGGCCUCAACUAGCUGCACAAUGCGUUUUUAAUGCAUUUAAAAAAACUUGCAAGCAAUGCACUCACUUGUAACCAAUUUCUUGAUGACGUCAUUUCAUCAAAAUUUCUCAAAAUACGAAAAAAUUCAAGAAGGCUGCAAAUUCUCGAAACUACCAGCUGAAUCAUUGUCGUGUUUUUGUUCCUAUAUCUAUUUUCUUAAAUCACGAUUCAAUAGUUUUGUUUCUAGUAGGGUAGUAUCCAAUUUUGCACUGCAAACAGCCCUUAAAGCCCCAACAAAAAAUAUAAUUUAUAUGAAAAGUUUUUUUAUUCCGUUUUUAAAUCUUUUCUAAAUAAAUUAAAGUAACCCAAAGGAUUGUUCCACCCUGACAUUAGAAGUUGUUGUUGUUGGUUUAGUUUAUCGAUGUGAAAUAUAUUUAAACACCAAUUUAAAAUCAGUCGGAAGUCGUAAUUGCUCAAGACUCAAUCAA